CAUAUCCUUUCUUUUUUCUUUUUAAGACUUCAGAGAGGUUUUUCAGUUUCUCUGUCUCUAUGUUUCCUUUGGUUAUUUUAGAAUUCUGGGUUGUUUUGUUUUGUGUUGUUUUCGGUGCAAUUGCUCAACAACUCUCAAUUGAAGAUCCUUUUUCACGCCUGUUUCCGAAUUUUCUGCCUUUCCGUUGACUUCACUUGUAUAGACACAACUGGAUAGAGUUUCCAGAUUGAAAGAGCUAAAGCAAAGAUAAAUCUUCCUUUUAAAUAUCUUAGCUACUGGUGUUGGCAUCCGUUGGAGUUCACAUGAUCACUCUGACAAUUUCUGACCAUGUACAUGAUGGGAAUAAGCUUCUUGACCUUGUAUGGCCUUCAUCUUAUCGUCUUAGAGAAUUUAGAUUUCUCUGCUGUUAAUGCUUCUGGUAAUAUACUAUCUCAAUGUUGAAAGUAAAAGAAAUUUUUGGAAGGAAUUGAGUUCGAGACUGGUCUCAGAUGGGGAACACUUGUGUAGGACCAAGUAUUACCAAACAUGACUUUUUCCAAUCGGUUUCAGCCUUCAUGUGGCGUUCCCCAAUGUCCCCCGAUGGCGAGAUUUCUCCUAAAAGCGAAGAAGUUGUCAAUGAGACACCAUCUGACACGAAAGAGCCUGAAGCUCCUCCCCCUGUCCCAAACCAACCCCCUGAACUGGUGAAAAUCCCCAAAGAGGAAACUAAGCCAGCAUCUCCUCCCCCUGUCCCAAACCAGCCCCCUGUACUGGUGAAGAUCUCCAAAGAGGAAACUAAGCCAGCAUCUCCUCCCCCUGUCCCAAACCAACCCCCUGAACUGGUGAAAAUCCCCAAAGAGGAAACUAAGCCAGCAUCUCCUCCCCCUGUCCCAAACCAGCCUCCUGAACUGGUGAAGAUCCCCAAAGAGGAAACUAAGUCAGCAUCUCCUCCAGCACAGCCUGUCAAACCCAAGAAGCCCCAUCAUAGAAGAACGGAGAGUGCCGGACUCCAGGUAGGCUCGGUGUUACAGAGAAAAACUGGAAAUUUAAAGGAUUUCUAUACCUUGGGGCGUAAGCUUGGACAAGGGCAGUUUGGGACAACUUAUCUGUGUGUGGAGAAAGCAACCGGAAGAGAGUAUGCCUGCAAAUCAAUCUCAAAAAGAAAACUGAUUACAGAAGGGGAUGUAGAGGAUGUGAGAAGGGAAAUUCAAAUAAUGCACCACUUGGCCGGACAUCCCAACAUUAUCUCGAUCAAAGGGGCUUAUGAGGAUGCUGUUGGUGUUCAUGUUAUCAUGGAAUUGUGUGCAGGGGGUGAGCUGUUUGAUCGGAUCGUUCAGAAGGGUCAUUAUACAGAGAGAAAGGCAGCUGAACUUGCUAGGAUUAUAAUUGGUGUCGUGCAAGCCUGCCAUUCUAUGGGGGUCAUGCAUCGAGACCUUAAGCCCGAGAAUUUUCUCUUGGCGAGUAAGGAAGAGGAUUCUCCUCUUAAGGCAAUUGACUUUGGAUUGUCUAUAUUCUUCAAGCCGGGGGAAAUUUUUUAUGAUGUGGUUGGCAGCCCUUACUAUGUUGCCCCAGAAGUUCUGCGAAAGCAUUAUGGCCCAGAAGCUGAUGUUUGGAGUGCUGGGGUAAUGAUUUACAUUCUGUUAAGUGGGGUCCCUCCAUUUUGGGCUGAAACCGAGCAAGGGAUAUUUGAUCAGAUCCUGCAUGGUCAUAUUGACUUUUCAUCAGAUCCCUGGCCUAGAAUCUCAGGAAGCGCAAAAGAUUUAAUCAAGAAAAUGCUUGUUAGAGACCCCAAAAAGCGGCUAACUGUUCAUCAAGUUAUUUCUCACCCUUGGGUCCUUGUUGAUGGUGAGGCCCCGGAUAAGCCUCUUGAUUCUGCAGUUCUCACUCAAUUAAAACACUUUUCAGCCAUGAACAAGCUAAAGAAAAUGGCACUGAGAGUCAUUGCAGACAGUCUCUCGGAAGAAGAGAUCGCUGGCCUAAAAGAGAUGUUCAGGAUGAUCGAUGCUGAUAAUAGUGGCCAAAUCACUUUCGAAGAACUCAAGGUUGGAUUAAGAAGGGUUGGUGCGAAUCUGAAGGAGUCCGAAAUAUAUGAUCUAAUGCAAGCAGCAGAUGUGGACAAUAGUGGGACCAUUGAUUAUGGGGAGUUCAUAGCUGCAACAUUACAUAUAAACAAAAUUGAGAGGGAAGAUCAUCUAUUUACUGCUUUCUCUUACUUUGACAAAGAUGGUAGUGGUUAUAUCACCCAAGAUGAACUUCAACAAGCUUGUGAGGAGUUUGGCAUAGAGGAUGCUCACCUGGAAGAAAUGAUCCAAGAAGCAGAUCUGGACAAUGAUGGACGUAUAGAUUACAAUGAGUUUGUGGCGAUGAUGCAAAAGGGAAAUACAGUAGGAAAUGCUGGCUUCAAUAAGAAAGCCUUAGACAAUACUUUCAGUAUUCAAUUUAGGUAGACUCUGAAACUUGGAUGACAGAUAGUGGUGAGGAUUUUUUUCUUCUUCUCCCCUCUCCCCUCUCCCCU